AUGUUUCAAAAAGCUUCAAUUAUGCCUUGUUCACUCUUAUCAUUCGUCCUUUUGCUUUCCCUUUGUUGCACUCUUCGUGCGGAGACUUUCAGGGAAGCGGAACAUGGUUCUGCUGGGAUGAGACCUUCUAUGGUGAAAAAGGAACAGAGGAAAUCUUUAAUGGUGACAGAAUACGGAGAGAUCUCAGCCGUUGAUAUCUCUAGUGGAACAAGAGGUGCUUACCAUCUUGAGUUUAUGACGUUGGAGCCUAAUUCCUUGUUUCUUCCUGUUCUUCUUCAUGCUGACAUGGUAUUUUAUGUGAAAGCAGGGAGUGGGAAGCUGAGUUGGGCUGAAGAAGGAAGAGAAAUGAAGAGGGUGAAUUUAAAGACAGGAGAUGUGUAUAGGCUACGUCCAGGCUCAAUUUUCUUUAUGCAAAGUAGCUUGGAGCCAGAACUACAGAAGCUGAGGAUUUAUGCUAUCUAUUCAAAGACAGAUGAAGAUCCACCCAUUGGAGCAUACUGUAGCAUUAGAGAUUUGGUCCUUGGUUUUGAUAAGAAACUCCUCCUAUCAGCUUUCAAGGUACUCUUAAACCGGUGUUUUAAGGUUCCUGCUGAUGUAAUAGAAGAAAUGAUUGGUGCGAUGAGGCCACCAGCCAUAGUCCCUGCUAUGCAAAAGAAGAAAUCAAUAUUUUUGGAGCUAGAAGCUAGAUUUACAAAAGCUCUUACUGGCAACAAAGAUGGUUCCUUCUUUAGCAUCAAUGGUGGGAACAAGAAAACUAAGACAUUCAACAUUCUAGAUGCUGAGCCAGAUUUUGAGAACUGUAAUGGGUGGAGCGUUACUGUAGACAGAGGAGACUUGAAAUCGCUAAGUGGUUCCAAUAUUGGUGUUUUCAUGGUGAACUUGAACAAGGGAUCGAUGAUGGGACCACACUGGAACCCAAUGGCUACUGAUAUAGCAAUAGUUUUACACGGACAAGGGAUGGUAAAGGUGGCUUGCUCUAGCAAUUUAAAUGAAACAAAGUGCAAAAACACAAGGUUCAGGGUUGAGGAAGGAGCCGUUUUUGCUGUACCUAGAUUCUAUCCUAUGGCUCAAAUGUCUUUUAACAAUGAUUCAUUUGUUUUUAUGGGAUUUAUCACAUCAACAAGGAAAAAUUACCCUCAAUUUCUAGCUGGGAAAAGCACAGUCCUCCAAACUUUGAACAAACAGAUCUUGGCCUUGUCCUUCAAUGUUACUGACACAACAAUUGAUGAGUUCUUGGCUCCUCAGCAGGGUGAAAUCAUAUUGGAGUGCACUUCUUGUGCCGAGGACGAGGAUAUCUUAAUGAAGGAAGAAACGGAAAGAGAAAGGCAGGAAGAGGAAAGAAAGAGGGAAGAGGAAGAAAGGAAGAGAGAAGAAGAGGAAGAAAGGAAGAGGGAGGAAGCUAGGAAGAAAGAAGAAAGAAAACGAGAGGAAGAGAAAAUAAGAGAAGAGGAAGAGGCACAGAGAAAGGAAGACAAGGCAAGGGAACGGGAAGAAGAAGAAAAGAGGAGACAAGAACAAGAAAGACGGGAAAGAGCACAAAAAGCAGCAGAAAGAAGGCAAAAGGAAAAGAAAAGACGAGAAGAACCAGCCAGAAAGGAGGAAGAAAAAGCCAGGAGAGAGGAAAUAGAAAGGCAAAUGAAACAAAGGGAAGAAGAAGAAGAAGAAGAAGCUAGAAAGGAGAGGAAAAGAGAAGAACGAGGUGGUGAAGGCCAACCUAAAGAGCAGAAACAGAGAGAAAAAACCAGAGGAAGAAGAAGGAACUAGGAAAGAAGAGCAAAAGCGUGAAGGUGGUGGUGGCCGAAGAAGAAAAGCUGCAAGAAAAGUCUGGAAGCUUUAAAGCGCAACCCUAUAGCUGCAUUGGACAAUUCUCGGUCACUCGCUCUGUAGAUGUGCCAAUAAAAGCUCAUUCUACGCUAUGCCCUGGUUACCAGCUUUUUAUUCCUUAAUAAGCUCUGCGAUACAAGUUUGGAGUUUGGACAUCAUGUUCACACUGGGAGCUCUAGAUCCUUCUUUUCACGAGUUUGGAUAUUUUCUUUCGUGUAAAAUAAAUUUUGGAAUCCAUUUUCGUGUCUUUUGUUUGUAAAAUAAGCUCUGCAUAGCAAUCCUC